CCUCGCGGAGGUCCCCGCGGCCAAGCCACUUCCUUCCUGCUGCAGUUUAAGAUGGCGGCCGAGGUGGAUUUCGGAGACAGUGAGCUCUUUGAGCAGCUCGAUGGAGAGGAUGGGCUGCCGCCAACGCCUCGUCUCAACUUGGAGGCGGAAGAGAGACCCGGGAAAGACCUAGAGGAGCUUCACGAACGGCUGCGGGACCGCGAGGAGACGGUGCGGCGGCUCCGGGCAGAGAAUAUCCUGAUGGGGGAGCCAGGGCCUGCUGCGGGGCGGGCGCGGUAGGGCGGAGGGAAGCGGGACGCGCUGCUCUCGCCGCCGGUUCCCUUCCGGGCCAGCCGUGGUGCUUGGCCUCCUGGGGUUGACCGUGUCUGGUUGGAGGGUCUUCGG